ACUUCCGCUUUAUCCCCACUUCUCUUUAGUGGGACGGAAUAACGCGUCAAGUAUUUCUUUCUUUCGUUAACAACGUUAAGAGAAGGAUCUAAACAAUGGCGGACGCAGCUCCAGCCGGUGGACGUGGUGGUUUCCGAGGUGGCUUUGGUGGUGGUCGCGGAGGCCGAGGGGGUCCCCGUGGACGCGGCCGUGGUCGCGGCAGGGGCCGUGGGCGUGGCAAGGAAGAUCAGAAGGAAUGGAUCCCCGUUACAAAACUAGGACGUCUCGUUCGAGAGGGUAAGAUCCGUUCCCUUGAGGAGAUCUAUUUGUUCUCUCUACCCAUCAAGGAGUACGAGAUCAUUGAUUUCUUCAUCGGUUCCGACUUAAAUGACGAGGUUCUGAAAAUAAUGCCGGUACAGAAACAGACUCGUGCCGGUCAGCGAACCCGUUUCAAGGCCUUCGUUGCCAUUGGUGAUAGCAAAGGACACAUCGGUUUGGGUGUAAAGUGUAGCAAGGAAGUGGCCACUGCAAUCCGCGGGGCCAUCAUCCUGGCCAAGCUGUCUGUUGUACCGGUCCGUAGAGGUUAUUGGGGUAACAAGAUUGGUCAGCCUCACACUGUGCCUUGCAAGGUCACUGGCAAAUGUGGCUCCGUCACCGUCCGUCUUAUACCAGCGCCCCGUGGUACUGGAAUCGUAUCGGCUCCGGUCCCCAAGAAGUUGCUCCAAAUGGCGGGUAUAGAGGACUGCUAUACUUCGGCUAGGGGCUCCACGGGAACCUUGGGUAACUUUGCGAAAGCUACAUAUGCGGCCAUCGCCAAGACUUACGCUUACCUGACGCCCGAUCUGUGGAAUGAUAUGCCACUUGCUAAGACGCCUUACCAGGAAUUCGCCGAUUUCCUGGCUAAGACUCAGCGUUCGGGUCCAGGAGGCACCGCUCGUACGGAAGCUAUUUAGUUUCGCAUGUUUUAGCAACAGCAACAACGCAGCAGCAACAACAAAAUAAAAGAAAGAAAAUCCUA